UGGCGACCGCAACGAGGAGGCUGCUCCCGACGCUCCUCAGAACCCUAACCGGCACCCGCCGCGCUGGCGCGGCGCGGGGCCUCGCCACGGAGAAGGCAGUCGGCGCCGCGGCCGUCGUUGGAAGCCACACCGCCAAAUGGAUGCAGGACACAAGCAAGAAAUCUCCAAUGGAACUUAUCAAUGAGGUGCCACCAAUCAAGGUUGAAGGGCGAAUUGCCGCAUGUGAAGGGGAUAAAAACCCUGCCCUUGGCCAUCCAAUUGAGUACAUAUGCCUUGAUCUGGAUGCACCUGCUGUGUGCAAAUACUGCGGCCUUCGCUAUGUUCAAGACCACCAUCACUAAGUAGAGAAGAUACCAUCCUUUACCACAGCAGAAUUUGGAGUUGCUGCAUGCUCAUUGGGUUCACAAUGUAUGCCAAUGUACUGUGUAUUGCGCUUGAUGGCAAAAUAUUGUCUUUGACUGUCAUCCUACUUUUUGUGACAUAAUAAUGUUGCAUUAACUUCGAAUUGAUUUUCUAUAGCUGACAUUUGUCGGCAUUUCCUGAAUUAACGCACUUUCCGUAUCAAA